AUGCCUCGGAAAGGAAAUAGCGCUGGCCAAACAUUCUCCAUGCCAUUCGAAGCUUUGAUUUGUGUCGAGAUUCGCUGUCGCGAUGGCCGGUGUGCAAAUGCCCCUUGUCACCGUUUUGUGUUUUCACUGCAAACCCCACGAUUUUUUUUUUCUUUUGGUUUCUACUUGACAAGUGAAAUACCUAUGUUUGUCCGUAGAUUUGGCCCCGCUAUGCACGUUUACGUGGAAUCCAAGCGAACUGUUGCAGAAGGAAAACCGCCUCACCACUUCGGUUCAACAGUGGUGUUUGUAAAAACUCGGUGA